CUCUGGCUACAACGACCCGUUUUCCUGUCGUUUUGUUUCCAUUUUUGGUCAAUAAAGCGCCAAAUUCCACUUCGCCCAACGAACGCGAUCACCGGUUUUUUGAAAUUCCACCUGAAAGUUCUUCCGUUUUCGCCGCCUUCAACAUUAUCCUUCAUAUAAUUCAAACCUCGUUGAAUGGAACGUGAUGUAGAUUGCUGUAUUGAACCAGAUGAAUCUCCCCCUCUCCCCCACGCACAGUUUUACGGCGGAGCCACGGCGGCGGCUUUGAGCUGCAGCCUCACCUUGGACCGCGUCGGGGAAGUCCUUCUCUCCUUAAACUCAGAUGGGUUGUCUUGGAAAUCGCUCGAGCCAUUGGAAUAUGAUGACUCAACUUGUUUGGGCAUCACAUUUACUUCAAAGGUUGCAACCGAGAUCAAAUUUUCCGAUGUGUAUUCCGUUGAGUUGAUCAGCCACGGUUUGAUCCAUGUGCCAAAGGUUUCAAAUGCUAGAAGAUGCCUUUCGGGUCGUCAUGAAUCUGAGGUUCAGGUUUACCGCUUUACAGUGCAUGGUUUCCAGCAGUCAAAGACUCUGCCUUCUCUUCGGGUCCUGGCUGCAUAUACGUUUGGUCAUAAUAAUCUCCAAACAUGUCAGAUGUGGGUCAAUCAGAUUAAUGCUUCUCUGGCCCUAGAACAGGGGCGACCAAAGAAUCUAUUGGUUUUUGUUCAUCCAAAGAGUGGGAAGGGAAACGGCUGCAAAAUUUGGGACUCGGUGGCUCCUAUAUUCUCCCAUGCUAAAGUGAAAACAAAGGUCAUUGUGACCCAAAGGUCAGGGCACGCAUAUGAUAUGAUGGCAUCUAUAGGUAACAAAGAGCUUGCUUCAUAUGAUGGAGUUAUAGCCGUUGGCGGUGAUGGUUUCUUCAAUGAAAUCCUCAAUGGAUUUCUUUCUUCAAGGCAUAAAGCUCCAUACCCGCCAACUCCUUCAGGUUUUCUUCCUUCUGAUACAUAUCAUGACAGUUUCUGUGUUCAUGAUCCAAAUGAAACAGUUAUUGGAACUUCUUCUCAGAACAUUGAGCAGUCUCCUCUCCUCCCAAGUCCAAUCCAUGAUGGUUCAGGAGCCACAGUUAUCACAGAUGAAGAUCCAGAGUUUCCCUUCCCCAAUAAGCAUUUCAGAUUUGGAAUCAUUCCUGCUGGCUCUACCGAUGCCAUUGUGAUGUGCACAACUGGUGCUCGAGAUCCUAUAACAUCUACAUUUCACAUUGUCCUUGGGAAAAGGGUUUCCCUUGAUGUAGCCCAAGUUGUAAGGUGGAAAACAACAUCUACAUCAAAGGUUGAACCUUUUGUGCGCUAUGCAGCGUCUUUUGCCGGGUACGGAUUUUAUGGAGAUGUCAUUACUGAGAGUGAAAAAUACCGUUGGAUGGGUCCGAAAAGAUAUGAUUAUGCAGGAACAAGGGUGUUUUUAAAGCACCGGUCCUAUGAGGCGGAAGUAGCAUAUAUAGAAGUCAAACCAGAAGGAAAGUCAAUUCCUGAAAGAGGAAGUUUGAGCGGUCGCAAGCGACCAUUUUGGAGCCCAAAUAAAUCCGAUCAAGCAAUGUGCCGUGUUAACUGCAAGGUCUGUAGCAGCACCACCUCUUGCUCAUAUCCAGGAGAAACAAAAUGGUCCAUAUCAAAGGGAAAGUUUCUUAGCAUUGGUGCUGCAGUAAUUUCCAAUAGAAAUGAAAGAGCACCUGACGGUUUGGUGGCCGAUGCACACCUUUCAGACGGUUUCAUGCAUCUCAUAUUGAUCAAAGACUGCUCUCAUGCUCUCUAUCUAUGGCAUCUUACCCAGCUUGCAAAGAAGGGCGGAAACCCCUUCGAUUUCAAGUUUGUUGAACAUCACAAGACCACUGCUUUUACGUUCACGUCUUCCGGCAACGAGAGUGUAUGGAAUUUGGACGGGGAACUCUUUCAAGCACACCAAUUAUCGGCGCAAGUAUUUCGAGGCCUUGUUAGCUUGUUUGCCUCCGGUCCUGAAAUUUGAUACAACUUUGCCCAUGAUGUACCAUAUUCAUACCUUUUUUGUAUUUUCCAUUUUCUAGUUUGGUACCCAAAUAUAAAUUUCAAGAAAAUCAAUCCAACAAUUUCGUUUCCGAA